AUGAUUGAGUCAGUCAAAGUAAGAAGACAGUGCAUGCUGGAUUUCUACUCGCAUUAUGAACAUCUUUGCGCUCUUCAAGGCUCUGUCCCACUGAAAGCUGUGAAGGCUAACCUGAGUCGAGGUGCUCUUGAUCUGACUGUAGAUCGCAUCAAAGCUGCUGAUUGGACACCACUUCUGAAUGCUAUCAGGCAUAAUAAGACUCUGACUUCUAUUGGAAUAAGAACUUUUCAUCAACAGGGUCUUGAAGAAUCAGGUGUUGAAAGAUACAAAACUUACUUUAGAAGGAGAAUUCCAGCAAUUCGAUCAAAAGACUUGACUGGCCAACUAUGCAAAGCUGUCAAAUGCUGUCUCAGUAUAUCAGAUGUACUAAAAAAUUUAGAACUGCAGGGUUUGCUUCUGAGGGAGAGAGAUCUAAUACUUUUAACAAAGGGUUUGGCCACAGCAUCAUCUCUGGAGAGUGUCUCUUUUGCCCACUGUCCGAUUGGAGAUGAAGGAUUAGAAACAAUCUGUCAGAGUGUAAAGAAUUCAGCUAAUAUCAGAUAUGUAAACUUCACAGGAUGUAGCCUCACAUGGCGAGGGGCAGAACAUAUAGCAAAUAUAUUGAAGCACCAGGCAAUGAAAAGACAUGGAGAAGCUUGGGCUGAAAGCCUGCGGUACAGGAGACCUGACCUGGACUAUAUGACCGGCUUGAGGCGUGUUACUUUCAACUGCAACGUGCUUGUUGGAGACAGAGGAGCAAGUGCCUUUGCAGAUUGUCUAGGAGAAGACCUUUGGCUAAAAGCGCUUGAUUUGCAACAGUGUGGAAUAUCUAAUGAAGGAGCAAGGUCAUUAUUAGAUGCUCUUCAAACUAAUACAACAUUAGUGGUACUUGACAUAAGAAAAAAUCCAUUAAUUGAUCACGUUAUAAUGAAAAGCGUUAUUGGAAAAGUUCUUAUGAAUGGAAGUAGUGCUAAUUCAGAGUAUAAGUGGCUGAUGUCUCCAUCUUCCAAGGAUGUUUUGAAAACUAGACCAAAGAAAAGAACUAUUGUCCUAGGAAGUGGUCGAAAAGGAAAAGCUACUAUUCGUAUUGGGUUACCAUCUAAAAAGUCUGUAAGUCCUGGGAAAAAAAGUAUGUCUGUGAAAGACAGUUACUCACCAAAACCACUACCACCAGGCACAAAAGGCUUCCUUCCUUGGCGGACUGCAGAACGUGCAAAGAGAUGCAGAGGAGGGCCAGUGGAUACUACUGAAGAAUUACCAGUGAAGACUGAGACAGGUAUUCCUGUAAAAGUGACAGUGGAAAGUGCUUCUGCAUCUGAAACCGAAGAUACAGAAGAUUUAGAUGUUGUUAUCCACUACCCUGAUUUGGCAAAAUCAUUAGAUAAGAUUAACAUAACAAAGUAUCAACAGUUACAGGUGCAGCUGGAACAAUGCAUGGAAAAAUUGAAGGAAGAACAGAGUGCAAGGGUAAAGGCUGAGGAACGGAUAACGGAGCUGGAAAUGGAAAAUGCAAGAUUAAGGAAUCUAAAUAUCUCCCUAUCUGAGGUUCUUCAUGCGCAGUCAGUAACCAACAUGAUUUUGGAAGAUGAAGGUGUUCUAGGCAGCAUUGAGAGCUCUUUCCAAAAGUUUCACGCAUUUUUAGACCUCCUUAAAGAUGCUGGACUUGGACAACUUGCUGUGUUGGCUGGGAUAGACCAGUCAGAUUUUGGUCUUUUGGAGCAUCCGCAAAUGAAUUCUACUCUCAGUAACCCUGCUAACGUGCUAAAGGAGAAGUCUUUUGAAGAAGAAAGACAUGAACAUAUCCAGAAUAGCAAAAACAGAGCUGUGGACAUCCAAGCUUCUCUUCCUGGCACAUUUCAAUCCCAGAUGGCUGUGAAUAGUACCUUCUCUGCUCUUAGAGAAAUAGAAGAAAUUCAGGCUUCUGGGCAGCAGUACCAGCCCAGCUCACAGAACAAAAAUGAAGCUCAAAUCAUUAACCAAAACAAAGAGGAUAAACCUCAAAAUAGUACUCCAGCAUCCCCUGACAGGAGAGUCAAACAAAAUGAACAAGCUAAAGAACAUCAAUCAGCAAGGCAGUUGGUUACCAGUUGGCAUUCGUUUUCUGAUUCCAGUGUACAUAUUAAAAGUAAUGGUAGCAGAAUAUCCAGUGAUGCUUCUCGUGAAAAGAGCAAAAAUUGUUCCUCAAAUAAAUACAUCCCUAGAGAAAAAGAAAUGGCAGUUCCAAAUGAUGGAGCAAGCAGAGACCAAAGCAGACAGCAGACAGUAAACCGCUCUAGAACUGAUACUCUUGGAUCUGAUUCUGAAAUACAAGAAAGUAUCAAAAGUCUUACCAGUAUUUGA